AUGCUACCACACGAUGAAAUUGGCGCCUCGACGCGCUCUCUCCAUGCCGACGAUACUCUCAACGUGGUUACCGAUGUCGCUCCCCCGAUCCAUGUCGCGACUACUUUCCGCUACCCCGAUGACCCAGACAACUUGACUCCGUUAGCCGAUCUCAGUGGGUAUGACGGACCGGACAAAACAUCACACGUUUAUUCCCGCCUAUCCGCUCCCAACCCCACCCGAUUCGAGGCCAUUCUCUCAUCCCUCCUCGGUGGUGAAUCCAUCAGUUACUCGUCCGGCCUGUCGGCUUUCCAUGCGGCCCUUGUCCUGCUUAAUCCCCGUCGGAUUUCGAUCGGUAACGGGUACCACGGAUGUCAUGGCGUGAUCGAUAUGUUCAGCCGCCUGACUGGCAUGCAAAAGCUGGAUUUAAACUGCCCGGCUGAGCAGUUGGAGGCUGGAGAUGUCAUACACUUGGAAACUCCGGUCAACCCCGAAGGAACGUCUUUCAAUAUUGAGGAGUUUGCGAAGAAGGCACACUCGCGAGGAGCCUAUCUUAUAAUCGACGGGACUUUUGCCCCGCCCCCUCUCCAAGAUCCGUUCCAAUGGGGUGCCGACAUAGUAAUGCAUUCUGGGUCCAAGUAUUUUGGUGGACAUAGCGACGUCCUCUGUGGAGUCCUUGCUACGAAAAACAAAGACUGGGCUCGUCGGCUGUUUCAGGACCGGUUAUUCCUGGGUAGCGUGAUGGGCAACAUGGAAAGCUGGCUGGGUGUCCGGAGCUUGCGAACCCUGGAGGUCCGGGUCCAACGACUGAGCCAGAACGCAACAAACCUAGUAUCGUGGCUCCACAACGCACUGCAGGCACAGAACCCUAGUCCUGGAAGCGACGAAGAAGUGACACAGAAGGUUCUCAAGGAGGUCUUCCACUCCAGCCUGCAAAAGGCAGACGAGCCAUGGCUGCUAAAGCAGAUGCCAAACGGCUUCGGGCCAGUUUUCUCGAUCACAAUGAAGGAAGAGGACCAUGCACGCAAAUUGCCAAGCAAGCUCGACUUGUUCCAGCACGCGACUAGUCUUGGAGGCGUCGAGUCACUGAUCGAGUGGCGCACGAUGACUGAUAAGUCGGUGGACCGCCGGCUGCUGCGUGUCAGCGUUGGGUUGGAGAACUGGGAGGAUCUUCGUCGGGAUUUGGUGAAUGCGUUCCGAGCGCUGGCACAGGAAUAG